CAACCAAAACUACGCAACUAGCUUUCAUUGUCUACCAAUGGCAUUCAGUUCUAACAACAAAACCAUGAACUGGGUUUGCUUGCAUUUGCUUCUUUUACUGAUCUUCUCGGCAAACGCAGUUCACUGUGGCACUCUGGUCAAAACUCUUCCGGGAUUCGAUGGUGAACUUCCUUUCAGUCUCUACACUGGGUAUACCACUGUUAAUGGAUCAGAGAUGUUUUACUACUUCAUUGAGUCUGAAGGAGACCCCAAAAUAGACCCUUUAGUGCUGUGGUACAGUGGAGGCCCUGGUUGUUCUGCUUUCAAUGGCCUCAUUUAUGAAAAUGGUCCUUUGGAUUUCAAUCUUACAGACUAUGAAGGAGGUAUACCGAAAACUUAUUACUACCCAUAUUCAUGGACAAGGACUUCAAGUAUGUUGUUUGUGGAUGCACCUGUUGGUACUGGUUUCUCCUACGCAACUGAUGCAUCUGAAUAUGCUACCUCCGAUACGAAAACAGCAGCGCAGGUCUACCAAUUCUUAAGAACGUGGCUGGAUGAGCACCCGCAAUAUUCCAAGCUACAAUUAUUUGUUGGGGCUGAUUCGUAUGCAGGAGUAUCAGGAACCAUUGUUGUUAAACAUAUAAUAGAUGGUAAUGAUGCCGGAGUAUUACCACGCCUCAAUCUCAAAGGCUAUCUUUUGGGGUGUCCACGAACAGAUGCAACCAUCAAUGAGAAUUCAAAGUAUAUUUAUGCUCACCGGAUGGGACUUAUAUCAGAUGAACUUUAUAAUUCAGCAUUAGAAAGCUGUAAUGCAAGUUUCUAUGGAGUAACCACAGAUCAAGCAGAAUGCUAUGAGGACCUUCAAUUGAUGGCAAGGCAAGUUAAAGACAUAAACAAAAACAAUAUUCUGGAGCCAAAGUGCACAUGGGCUUCGCCAAUACCGGAUGAAGAACCAGCUCGUAGAUCUAUGCAGGAAAACUUAUACCCUGAAGACUACCUGAGGUCACCUCUAAAAAAUCCCGAGUUCUGUCAUACCUUCAGUUACUCUCUAUCUUAUGUAUGGGCGAACAGUGAUGGAGUUCGGGCAGCACUCAAUAUCAGAAAUGGAACAGUAUUUGAUUGGAAGAGAUGCAACAAGAGCUUGGAUUACACAUAUGAUGUGCCAAGUGUCCUAGAAUAUCAUCAAAAUCUCAGUACCAAGGGAUUACAAGUAUUGAUAUUCAAUGGUGAUCAUGACCUUAUCAUUCCGAACACCGGCACAGAAGCGUGGAUAAAGGAGUUGGGUUUGACUAUUGUUAAUGAUUGGAGACCAUGGCUAGUUGAUGGUCAAAUUGCUGGGUACACCAUCAAGUAUUCAGAAAAUGGGUACCGCUUGAUAUAUGCAACCCUAAAGGGAGCAGGUCACUCCCCUCAAGAAUACAAGCGUAGAGAAGCGUAUAACAUGUUCGAUAGAUUCAUUCAUUACUAUCCCAUAUAGAACAAGGUGCAGACUUUAUCAAAAUGAUCAAGGAUAUAUACGGCCGGUUUCUCCCGAUCAAGCCGGAAAAUUCUCAAGUACGGUUCUAUAGUAGUGAUGGUAAUAGAGAUGGCAUCAUCGACU